AGUUCUUGGUUACCCAAUGCUGUAUGCUAGAAGGUUAAUAACAUAACAUGCAAUGCAGCGUGAUGCUCGUGGAAGACCAAGUGCUCCUACAAAGAUAGUUGAAGAACUUUUUCCUAUCGACGUAGUGAUGCAAGAAAAUUGGCGUUUGUUGGAUUUGGGAUUUAGCAUUUUACAGCCAAUGUCUGCUAUACAGUGGUUAGCUCAACGCAGAUUGAUUAAAAACAGUGUAUUUUGCAAAAAUUGCAAUAUUCAGUUUGGUUUGAAUACCUAUAAAGAUGCAAAAGAUGGAUACAGGUGGAAUUGCAAGAAAUGUUUUAAGCGGAAAAGUGUAAGAGAUGAUUCCUUUUUUAGCGAGAGUCGGUUGUCUCUACAAACAUUAAUAACUUACAUAUAUUGUUGGAGUCCUAAUAUGCCAGUGAGCCAGAUCCAACAUGAAACCGGUAUGAAAGAUUCUCCCAAUACAUUUGCAGAUUGGGCAAGCUUUUGCAGAGACGUUUGCGAAGUUGAUUUAGAGACAAACCCUUUAGUCAUUGGAGGAAUCAACACUGACGGGACGCCGAUUGUUGUCGAAAUUGAUCAAAUAAAAUUUUUUCAUCGAAAACACCAUCGUGGACAGUGGCGCCAAGGUCAUUGGGUGUUAGGCGGUAUUGAGAGAGUGUCUCAAAAGUGUUUUUUGGUUGAAGUUGCAGAUCAAACUGCAGAAACUCUCCAAAAUCUUAUAUUGAAGUUUAUUUUGCCUGGAACGCAUAUUGUUUCAGAUGGAUGGGCAUCUUAUGCUGGAAUAAAAAACCUACACCAUGGGAUUUAUUCCUAUGCAGUUGUCAACCAAGAAAAAAGUUUCGUUGAACCUCUUGAUAACGAAACACACACUAAAAACAUUGAAAAUCUAUGGCUACAGGUUAAACGAAAAAUGCGCCAUCAGUUUGGAACACGUGAAGAUUUGUUCACAUCCCAUCUUCACGAGUUUCUGUGGCGUCAACGAUAUAAAGAUGUUUCAAUUUUUUCAGCAUUUCUUUCUUGCGUGUCCCGUCAGUAUCCAUUGUAACUGAUAAACAAAACGGCUGUUUUCAUAGCCACAUGUUUGAAAAACAUUUUUAUAGCCAAAUAUGUUUGAAAAACAAAUCAGCAAGAACAUUAGUUAUUUUUCAGGAAAAGUCUUGUAAUAUUUACUUUUACAGUUGUACAGAGAUUUGUACGAGCUGGUGUGUAUCUAUUAAAUGCCGUUUUUGUGGC